AUGUCGUACAAUCCCUAUGGUGCGUCGCCUUAUGGUAGACCUCCAGGAUUUGGCGGAUUCCCAGGUCAAAAUGGGUCUGCGCCUGGUAUGGGGCCACCUCCGGGAAUGGGACCUCCACCCGGCAUGUCUGCGCCAGGUACAGCUCCUCCCCCGCCUUCACGACCCGGCGGGAUCCCAGCUAGUUUUCAACCUCCGACCAACAUGCCGAAUAUCAACUUCAGCGCGCCUGUCAUUAGAUUAGGUACCGGUCCUGCGAAAUCCAAUACACCAGUUUCAGCCAAUGGUUCAGGAAUAGACCCUAUGUCCGGAGGAGGGUCAGACAGAGCUACCGCGUAUACCCAGAACGCACAGAGAAUGGCAUCGAUGAGAGAAAGUAUUAUGUCUUUAGUGCCGCCUACCAAGGAAGAGAUCGUAAGAACUAUAUUUGUGGGCGGUAUUACGGAAGGAGCUGGCGGUGACGAGGGAAUAGAGAGGAUUCUGAGCUCUGCAGGUAGGCUACGCCGAUGGGAUAGAGCUAUUGAUGGAGCUGGGAAGGAAUGUAGUUUCGGAUUUGCGCAGUAUGAUGAUGCGGAGAGUUUGGCUACGGCUGUGGAGAUUUUGAAAGAUAUUGAGAUUCCAACCAAGAAACAACCGCCUUUUGAUGGUACUAAGAAGGAUGGAGAGGAUGAAGUGGAGAAGAGCAAAUUACUGGUCUUUGUGGAUGAUAAUUCUUUGAACUAUUUGGAGAAUCAUCAGGCUUCAAGAGCCGAUGAUGCUACAGGUGACCAAACGCGUCUCGACGCGGCUAGAAUAGGGUUGAAGGCGGUACUUUACGAGCUGUUUCAUCCACCUAUGUUUGUUAAGGCUGAAGAGACUUCAGAGGAUAUUGCUAUGCAGGAUGCAAAUGGGGGUGACAACGUUGAAGUUGUUAACAUUCCAUUGGCAGUAGACGAUGAACUUUCGGACAUUCCAGCUGAAAUGAGAGAAACGGUUGCACAAGAAAUUGCUGCUUUUAGAGAUAGAAGUAAUAGACGAGAUCUUGAACGUCUUAAGCGCGAGGAGGAAAUGGAGGCAUUAGAAAGGCAAAGAAACGGUGCGCCUCGACCUUCACGCCUUGCUUCCCCUGGGCCACAAAUUCCCAGUGGACCUUCUGCCGGUUCGAAUAAUAUUCCUCUUGGACCUAGAGGUGUACCUAAUGCACCUUCGGGCCCUAAAUUCCAAGGCCAACAGAUACCACGAGACUAUCAAGCUGGUGUCAAGUUUGUUAAUGGCAGUGGUCCCAAUGGUGGAUCUGGCGGGGACAGUUAUUAUAGCCGCGAAGACGAGGACAGUGAUGCUAGCGAUGAGGAACUCGAGCGACGAAGAAAGUCGAAAAAAGAGGCUGAACUUGAGAAGCAAUAUCUCGACCAAGAAAGGCGCUGGCUUAAUCGCGAAAAAUCUCGCACAGCUGCUGUUCAACGAGAAAAAGAACGUGAAGACGAGGAUGUUGCGAAUGCGGAUGAUCUGAAACAGAAGAUGGCUGCAAGACUCAAGGAAUGGGACGAUGAUGCUGAGGCUGCUCGCAAGACUGAUCCUUAUUAUGUUGACCGAAGUCUCUGGGUUCGAAACCGUGCAAUCUACGUUCAACGUGAAGCCGCUGCCGAUGAGAGAGAUAGAAUUGCAGAACAACAUGAGAGACGCCGCGAGACAUCAGAUAAAGAGCAAGCUAGAGGUUUGGCAGACUCAUUCCUCGAUCGUCAAGCCGAAGAACUCGAGACCAGAUCUUCUCGCAUGGCUCAACAGCCCUUCAAGUUGUCCCUUGGAGCUGCGGCCCAAAAAGCCCAAAAGGCAGCACCACCUCGUCGCACUGUUGCUGAAGUUGAAGGUCUUCUUGAAGAUGAAGAAGAGGCCGAUACUGCAUCGAAGCGCACACUCAUCCCAAUCAAAUUCGAUCCUUCGACAGCAGCAGCUGGUCUUUCUGAUGAAGAACGUGAUCAGGCGGUUCGACAACUCGCACAAGAGAUACCUACAGAGAAAGAGGGACUUUGGGCGUGGGAUGUCAAGUGGGACUUUGUGGAUGAUUCUGUGAUCGUGGAGAAGUUGAGACCGUUCGUUGAAAAGAAGAUUGUGGAAUAUCUAGGAGUGCAGGAACAGUUACUUGUGGAGGUUGUUGAGGAGCAUGUUAGGACUAGGGGGAAGCCACAAGAAUUGGUGGAGCAAUUGGAGGGGGCAUUGGAUGAAGAAGCAGAAGUUCUAGUGAAGAAGCUAUGGAGAAUGGUCAUUUUCUUCUCGGAGAGUGAGAAGAGAGGUCUUUCCGCAUAA